AUAAAGCCACCCCAUAUGCCAUCUCCGGUUCUCCACACCACCAUUCAGAGGAACCACACCGACACCCCAUCCACUUUAUCUCAGUUGAGAGGUUUAGAAGCAGUGAAGCACAAGUGCAGCAAGAGCUGCGAGAAGGAGGAGCGGGCAGCAAUGGCGAGGCACAGCCUCCUUGCCGUGCUCCUCGUCGGGCUAGUCGCGGCCUCCGGCUUCAGCCAGGCGGCCGCCGCUGGCCGUGGCCUCGCUGAGAAGCUCCCGGAGCCGGAGCCCAAGCCGACGCCGUACCCGGAGCCCAAGCCGGAACCCAAGCCAGAGCCAAUGCCUAAGCCUGAACCCAUGCCAAAGCCAGAGCCUAAGCCUGAACCCAUGCCAAAACCAGAGCCUAAGCCUCUGCCUAAGCCUGAACCCAUGCCAAAGCCAGAGCCUAAGCCUAUGCCCAAACCUGAGCCCAUGCCAAAGCCAGAGCCCAAACCGGAACCGAAGCCGGAGCCGAUGCCAAAGCCCGAACCAAAACCUGAGCCCAAGCCUUACCCGAUGCCCAAACCUGAGCCUAAGCCUGAGCCCAAGCCCGACUGA